CCCACAAUAGGGCCGUCACCGACUCGGACCAGUGCGCAGGCGCGGGAGAGUUCCCCUUAAGAAAGUUUUUGCAAGUUUAGUGAAGGAGGAGGGGGUGGCGGCUCCGGCCCCAGGUGCCCCAUGGCAGGCUCGGAAGAGCUGGGCCUCCGGGAGGACACGGUGAGAGUCCUAGCUGCCUUCUUUAGGCGAGGUGAGCCUGCCGGGUCCCCCAUUCCAACCCCACCCAGGAGUCCUGCCCAGGAGGAGCCAACAGAUUUCCUGAGCCGCCUUCGAAGAUGUCUUCCCUGCCCCCUGGGGCGAGGAGCAGUUCCCCCUGAAUCCCCUCGGCCUUGCUCCCUGCCCCUCCGCCCAUGCUAUGUUUCAGAGCCUGGCCCAGCUACUCCAGACUUCUAUGCUCUGGUGGCCCAGCGGCUGGAACAGCUGGUCCAAGAGCAACUGAGAUCCCCACCUAGCCCAGAGUUACAGGGAGCCCCAUCCACAGAGAAGGAAGCCCUACUGCGGAAGCUGGUGGUCUUGCUGGAGGAAGAGGCAGAAGUCAUCAACCAGAAGCUGGCCUCGGACCCGGCCCUGCGCGGACAGCUGGCCCGCCUCUCUGCGGGCUCCUUCGCCCGCCUAGUGGAGCUGUUCUCCAGCCGGGAGGACAGCCCUCUUGCCAGCCGCCCACGCCCCACCUUGCCCUGCCCUGGGCCCCCGCCGCCUUCCCCGGAGCCCCUGGCCCGUCUGGCCCUGGCCAUGGAGCUGAGCCGCCGCGUGGCCCGGCUCGGGGGCACCCUGGCCGGACUCAGUGUGGAGCACGUGCACAGCUUCGGACCCUGGAUCCAGGCACACGGGGGCUGGGAGGGAAUCCUGGCCAUUUCACCCGUGGACUUGAACUUACCCCUGGACUGAGAUCUUCCUCAGAAGCUGCUGCAAGAUUCGUCCUCCUGUCUCUAUGCUCUUUGUGUGCUCUUCAAGCCUUCCUAUUCCACUCAGGGUUGUGGGGUGGUGGCUGCCCUCCCUGUUUUUGCCAAAAAGAAAUUGUUUAAAAUUUUUUCAUAUUAAAAACAUUUU